UUUUUGUUCUUGCCUUAUCAUCUAAAACCCAUCGAGAGUUAAUAAGAAAAACCAUUCAAAAUGGCUCUUGUUCAAUCCAGAACACUUCCUCGCCUCACCGUCCCGUUCUCGCCGGUUCUGUCCACACUCCACGCUCCGUCGUCUCUCUUUCUCCGGAGGAAAACUCGACCGGGAGCCUCGCCGUUCUCCUCCUCCACCGCCGGGAACUUGCCAUUCUCGCCGCUGACGCAUCCUCGGAAGCUUCUCUGCCCUCCACCUCGUGGAAAGUUUGUUAGAGAAGAUUAUCUUGUGAGGAAAUUGUCAGCUCAAGAACUUCAAGAACUGGUGAAAGGAGAGAGGAAGGUGCCGUUGAUUGUUGAUUUUUAUGCUACUUGGUGUGGACCUUGUAUCUUGAUGGCCCAGGAACUCGAAAUGCUUGCAGUAGAGUAUGAGAGCAAUGCAAUGAUUGUGAAAGUUGAUACAGAUGAUGAGUACGAGUUUGCUCGCGACAUGCAGGUUCGGGGAUUACCUACAUUGUUCUUCAUCAGUCCUGACCCAAGCAAAGAUGCAAUCAGGACAGAAGGGCUGAUUCCAAUACAGAUGAUGCGUGACAUCAUUGACAACGACAUGUGAAGUCAGUCUUGUACUGAGGAAACACUUUCUUGCUUUAGGAUUGAAUAGAAUCGCGGGAUGUAGGAUUGAAGAAUGUCAUCUUGGUUUCAUGAAUGAAGAAUGAAAAUGUAAAACGAGAUGAAUGUAACCUAAGUAAAAAUCUUAUUUGUAUGCACUA